GCCGAGUGGGCAAGUGACACAUUGCGUUGCGGCAGAGACAAGAGUGCAUUCGGUUUCGGUGGUGGGUGGCGUAAACUUUUAUGGAGAAUCUUUGUUGUGGGCAGGGGCUGAGGGGCGUGUCGUGUGUUUUGAAUUGGCGGCAAACAGGACGCAAUGUGGAGAUUGCUGGCACUCUUUCCUUCAUGCAACCACACAUUUGGCUUCAGACUUCGCAGCUUCUCCCUAAUCACCGAAACACCUUUAACCACCCUCACCCCCACCCCGUCAUUUUUCAAUAAAAUUAAAAAAGAUAGGCUGCAGGGGCAAUUAGUAAUUCACAAUAUGCAUAGCUCAUUCUCCACGUGAAGAGAUUCCCUGGUGCCUGCUGGUGAUUCCCAUUUCCCACUCGUAUAAAUUCACCAAAACCCAGAUCCCAUUCCAACCCCACACACACAAACACACAGAUCAGCUCUCUCUCUCACUCAAACUGCAAGCUCAUUUCUUUUUGCUGUUUGUAUGAUCGAUCGGAGAAUGAGAGUUUUUCCUGCUACCAGCGCAAGCUGUGUGAAGAGAUUUACAUCCAGGAUUAUGUCUUUUCGAAGAUUUUAAGGUGGUCCAGAGUCGGCUCUAACGAAUUCCCUUGCAUUUUGUUGGUGUGCGUCGAUGGCAUGCACUUCGGUGACCAUUCCAACAUCUCCUCUUGCCUCGACAGCGAAAGAUUUCUUCAAAGAGCACAACAAUGGCCUUCACCGAUCAAACUCUGCCAAAGACUUGCUCAACAAAGCCAGUCUCCGAAGGUCUUAUUCAGAUAACCACCUCUGCUAUUCCGUUAACCGCAUAAGAGCUACAUCAACACAGCCAAAGCUAAAGAAUAGCCGAUCAGUUGGGAUUUUCCCCUUCCAAAUAUCCGACUCCAUAAUCCCAACAUCACUUCGGUCGUUCUUGUUUGACCCCAAAGAAAGCAAAGACAUGAUUGUAGUAGAAAAGGAUGAUAGGAAUAUGGUCGAUGACUCUGUGGAAAGCAAUGAAGAGGAAGAAGAGCUAAAGAGAGCAAACUGGGUAGAGAGACUAAUGGAGAUUAGAAGGCACUGGAGGAAUAGGAAGCAGAAAGAGAUUGUUCAUGGAGAGACGUAUUGUGACGACGAGGAAAGUGUUGAUCGCUGUGAUUUUUCUAAUGAUGACGAGGGUUGUCAAUUGGAUUAUAACUCAGACGAAGAAGAAGAAGAAGAAGUGACAUAUGAUCGCGAAUCAUUUUCAAAAUUUUUGGUUGAAGUACCAUGGUCUGAUACGAAGCUCUUCUCUAAGCUGGCCUUCCUGUGCAACAUGGCUUACGUUAUCCCAGAGAUCAAGGAAGAGGAUUUGAGGAGAUACUAUGGCCUACAAUUUAUAACAUCUUCAUUGGAAAAGAAAGCAGAGGCGGCAGCUAUCAAGGCCAAACUCGAGCAAGACUCUACACAUGUACCUGUUACUUCCACACAACAUGCAGAAUCCAGCUCAGGAAAAAAUGACUCUGGACAGAAGCAUGUAAUCCAUCCAACUUUGGCAUAUGAGAUUGCUGCUUCAGCUGCAUCUUAUGUCCAGACACAUAAGAAAGACCUUAAGGAGGAUGAGAGCACAGAUUCAUGUAGAAACAGAGGCCAACUGGAAGAGAGAGAGGGCUCACGAGCUUAUAAGAAUUCAGAGGUGGCUGCUUAUAUGGCGGCAUCAACAAUGACAGCAGUGGUUGCAGCAGGGGAGAAGGAAAAGCAGAAAGCAGCAAAGGACCUUCAAUCUCUUCACUCUUCGCCUUGUGAAUGGUUUAUUUGUGAUGAUUCAAGCACAUAUACUCGCUGCUUUGUGAUCCAGGGAUCAGACUCGCUCGCGUCCUGGCAGGCAAACCUCUUCUUUGAACCCACUAAAUUCGAGGAAACAGAUGUGCUUGUCCAUAGAGGAAUCUACGAAGCCGCAAAGGGAAUAUAUGAGCAGUUCAUGCCAGCAAUAGUUGACCAUGUUAAAAGAUAUGGGGAACGAGCCAAGCUCCAAUUUACUGGUCAUUCUCUGGGCGGUAGUCUUUCACUUCUAGUCAAUUUGAUGCUACUGACCAGAAAAGCAGUGAAGCCCUCCACUCUUAGGCCGGUGGUCACUUUUGGGUCGCCGUUUGUGUUUUGUGGAGGCCGCAAGAUACUGAAUGAUUUGGGGUUGGAUGAGAGCCAUAUUCAUUGUGUGACGCUGCAUCGGGACAUCGUGCCCAGAGCUUUCUCCUGCAAUUACCACAACCAUGUUGCCACACUACUUAAACGCUUGAAUGGGCCCUUCCGGUCACACCCUUGCCUAGUUAAACAUAAAAUGUUGUAUACUCCACUGGGGAAAAUAUUCAUUCUACAACCGGAUGAGAGAUCAUCUCCUCCACACCCUCUACUCCCUCGAGGGACUGCUUUCUAUGCAUUAGAUAAGGCCUCUCCAUCAGUACUAAAGGCAUUCCUCAAUUGUCCGCAUCCGCUGGAAACCCUGAGCAAUCCAACAGCUUAUGGUUCAGAAGGAACAAUUCUUAGAGACCAUGACUCAAGUAAUUAUCUGAAGGCAAUGAAUGGAGUUCUAAGGCAAUACACAAAGCCGGUAGCAUCAAGGGCAAGAAAACAGCGCAACCAGUUGUGGCCAUUGUUAACUUCGCCUUCGCCGCAUUCAUGGAGUCAUGAGAAUAACAUAGAGAACAGCACAUUACAAAACAAGGAGGUAAUGACUGGCGUGUGAAAUCCCAUCGAAAUACAAAGGAUGUAUAUAAUAUAAGAGAUGGAAAUCAAUGAUUUUAUUUCAUUUCAUUUCUUUUGUUCCCUACCUCUCUAGUACGAAAAGUAAAUGCAAAAGUUUUCACUCAUUUCUGUACCUGUGUUUUCUUAUCACAGACCAAUCUUACUAAUAAAAUAUCAAUUGUGCAAAAAGAUUUCACCAUGUUUGAACCAUACCCUCAAGAGCAUGCCGAAGUAUUCCUGUUACUAGAUUUGGUUCUAACUUCACAUAAAUAAAUAGACCUUUUGUAAGCACCUAGCUACGUAGGACGGUAGAAGUCGUCUAGAACUAGACUUGACUUACUUCUAAAGGCUAUGUGCUAAUUGCACCAAGAGCCCUUUACUAGUCAGUUGUCCGGUGGACAGCUGAGUCUGGUUCACCUUACCUCUAAAAGCUUGUACAUACAUCCACUAGAUCGCUUACAAAAGCCAGUACUAAGAAAAGUAGCGGACAUCAUGACAUAAGUAGAGCACCGGUGAAUCCAGAUCCUGAACAAAUUCAGGAGUUCUAAUACUGAUUGUAGAUGAUGGACAUAGACUUGUGCUAAAUGUGGCAUUUAAAGGAAAAAUUUCAGUAACAGGCAGGCAAUGGAGUUUGCCAAUGGGUAGAAUCGGGCGUUAGCAACUGCAAAUGUCCUUAGGGUGACCAAUAAUCAAAUAAGGAAGAAACUUAGGACAGAGGAGAUGCCACGAUGAGCCAGAAUCCUAGAACCUGUUGGUUAAUAAUUAUAUUCUCCCCAUUGAACCCAACCAACCACUGCAAUUUAGUUGCUGAAAGCAAGGUUUGGCUGGUGGGUUGUAGAAUAAGGAAAAUGUAUGCAGUUUUAAGAUAACCAGUUUACGUAAAUUAACAUGAGCAUGUCUUUGUGUAGUUUUAGGAUCUGUUGGGAGGAGGAAAAGGCUUGGAAGUUCAAUCAAAAUUCUAAAGACCAGAGAUGGAUAGUUGACUCAAUUCCAUCAUUUGUUUUUUGGUUAACUUGGAAGAGAGAGAAUCAAUAGACAAUAGUUACCCUCCACAGCCAAAUUCUUGUGUAUUUUAUGUGCUGUAUUGAAGAUUCUAAGAGUAGGCGGGUUGCAUAAAAAGCACUUCUUGUUUUUUGCAUGAUGCUGUCCCAGAAAUUAGAUAUGGAGAAAACCAAUGAAAGAAAUGCAGCACAAUAAUAAGAAAAACAUGAGUCAAAAUGCAAAAUUUUAAAAAAAAAAAAAAAGAGAUAAAAAAAAGGUUGAGAUGACAACAUGUACGUUGCUUCAAUCGUUGUUGUAAACAAGAAAAGGUAAGAAAGUAGAAUCUGAAGCUCAAUCAAGAACAGAGGGGAAAUGAGGAAAAUAAACCAGGUGUUCAUAUUACAGAGUUAUAAACAAUAAUGACAUAUCAGUAGUUCAGAGAGAAACCUUAAGUAUCAAUGAGUGGAUCAAUUUGGUAUGAGAGUAAAUGUGCGUUCCCUGAAAUGAUAUAAUCAUUUCAUCCUCAGUCAAAAAAAAUACUUUCAUCCUCAGUCAAACCUACAUUUUUCCCUGAAAUGACAUAAUCAUCCCCCACAAAGUCCAGGCAUAUGAGAGUAAAUGUGCGUGGAUGCGCAGAAGUGCAUGGACAUGAAAAUAUGAGUGUACAAGAGAGAAAAAGAAGAGGGGAGAGCAUGGGGAUUACAGCAGUGGAGUAAAACCUAUGUCAAGGCUUAUGGAUUAAGAAGACUAGCUCAAAAACCAACUCAUGUGCUCAGGAACAUUAAUCCUUAAUUCCUCACCCCCAAACUCCCGGCUCCAACUAUAUUAUUCCCCUGUUAAGAACAAAAUAGCUUCCAAACCAAAACCCUCAUAUCUGCGUCACAAUACCAGCUACUUCUCUUUUUGUAAAAAAAAAAAAAACAGAAUGAGAGAGAAUGUAAUAAAGGGCUCCAAGGGGAUGCAACCUACACAUCACACACGGAUUUCCGAUACUUAAAAACAACAAGGUCAAAGCUGGUCAGGGUUACCUUUAAUGUACAAUGCUAACAAAACUAGUGCUUGCACUUAGCGCAACAGGAAAGGUUGCCUGCCUACAAAUGGGACAAGCAAAAGGCAACGGAUCAUCAUUGUUCUACAUCCCGCCAUCCUCAUCAUCCCCUUCCAUAGCCAAAUUUCUCUUCCUUGCCUUCUCUGCUUCCUCCCACGCGUUCUCCAACUUACAUCAAGACUCGUAUUCCCCUCAAUCAAGCAUAAACUUGCAUGAAUAACCAGUAUUUUCUUACAAAUGUUUGGAUGAUAAUCAAUACUAGCUGGCACUCUAAUGUAGCUGAAGCUCUGAGAGGACCAUGUGUCCCACCAAAAUUUUCACGAGCAAUCAUUUGCUCUAUUAAAAACCAGCCUUGUGAUAU